AUGACUCGACCUCCGCUGCCGCUAAUCGGCACGACGGUGUUGCCUCGACCACCUUCACAUUUGCCCUUGACUCACCGAGAGCUCGCGUCGCCUCAUCCGCGCACCUUGUUGCCACAUUUUUCGAGCUCAAAUGCCGGCUCCAUCUCACGAAAAGGUACAAAUCGACCUCAACCCGAAGACUUCAGCAAAACGCCACUAGAAAAGUCUAUCGAUGACUUAAAGCGUGUCAAGUCUCGAGUACGAGACAGUUUUGCAAGGAUGAAUCAAACUCAAGAACAAGUCGACUUGAAUUUGGAGGAAACUUCUCGGUUAGUCCAUUCUCUCGAAGCCGAUCAACGUCAUCUCUCCCAUGUGUACGCAAACCUCUUGGACUUCAGCGCCCGACAGAUCCAGCGGUGCUUUCGUGAACACCUCGGACGUCGACUAUUCCGUCAGAUCCUGGUGAUACGAGCGGUCCUGCGAGUUCAGCGUAAGUUUCGAGAAUUUCAUCGCCGUCAAGAAGACACGCGAAAAAAGUCUCGAGUGAUGUAUCGAAAGGUGCUGCGAGGGCUACGCGGUGUUCGUGGACGUGAUGAAUUGUCCCACGCGGAGCUGCUCAACCGUGUCGGUCACAAUCUACAGGUCGAAUGUCAGUGGCGUAAAGCUAUGGGCGUAAAGGACUCAGAGAGCGACUUGAUCACUGCGUUGUACCGCAAGAAAUACGUUCGUCGGAAGUUAGGAGCCAUGUUCCGUCAGCUCUACUGGGUGCACUCGAUUGCGCUGUAUUGGAGGGAUCGAUGA